AUGCAGAUCUUCGUGAAGACCCUCACGGGGAAGACGAUCACCCUCGAGGUGGAGUCUUCCGACACCAUCGACAACGUCAAGUCCAAGAUCCAGGACAAGGAGGGCAUCCCGCCCGACCAACAGCGUCUCAUCUUCGCCGGCAAGCAGCUCGAGGACGGCCGCACGCUCUCCGACUACAACAUCCAGAAGGAGUCGACCCUCCACCUCGUGCUCCGCCUGCGUGGUGGCGCCAAGAAGCGCAAGAAGAAGGUCUACACCACCCCCAAGAAGAUCAAGCACAAGCGCAAGAAGGUCAAGUUGGCCGUCCUCAAGUACUACAAGGUCGACUCGGACGGCAAGAUUGAGCGUCUGCGCCGCGAGUGCCCCUCUCCGGAGUGCGGCGCUGGUGUCUUCAUGGCUGCCAUGCAGGACAGGCAAUACUGCGGCCGCUGCCACCUCACCUACGUCUUCGACCAGAAGUAA